AUGGUCAAUAUCUAUAUCAUUGUGGAAGGUGAUGCAAUCUAAGUUUAUCAAGAACAAAACUUAUUGACUCUUUAAUAAAUUAAAUAAAAGUAAUAGCAAAAAGGAAUGCAAAGAACAUCAUUUAAGAAAAAGGCUCAUAUCAUACAUUAGCAUCAGUGCGUGGCUCUGAAUGAUUAUGAAUUCGACUCUUCAGUUAAAUUAGACUUCGAGUUUGUUGAUAAAACUAAAAGUUGUACUAAAUAUGAAGAUGUCCUUAAUAUUAUGAUUAGAGAAUAAAAAAUAAUAAGGCAUUAAAAUGGAGAAUGUUUUGGGAAUUUUCAUGCAAUAGCAGGAUCUAGUUGGGAUCGAAGUGUAAUCUAUGCUGAAUCAGAUUGCAUUCUAAUGGAGCUAGACUGCAACAAAUUACAGGAAUUAAUGGAGAGAUUAAACGAUAAUCAAAAUUAUAAACAGAUGCUUGCCUUUUUAAAUACUACAAUAACAGGAUUUGAUGUAAUAUCAAGGCUUAAAAGGGACAGAAUCGCUAGAGCAUUUAAAGAGAAGAUAUUUCCAGUUGGAACCUGUUUAGUUAAGGAAAAUACUAUCUAACAAAAUGCUUACAUUAUUCAGGAUGGGACUUGCUUAAUUGUUUCUAAUAAAAACCCAAUUAUGUCUGAGGUUAGUAUUUAUGGAGAUGUGUCGAGUAUAAAGAGAGCUGCAAUGACUAAAAAAGGAUACAUGUCUAAAACAGUUAAUUAGUUUAGAAUAGGAACAAUUUCUUCUGGUGAUUGGGUAGCAUAAGACAUUGCUCUAGUUAAUAGUUAGAUCUUAAAAUAGGAUGAGAAUCCCUAAAUAUUCAAUUAUUCAGUUUUGGCUUAAACAUAAGUAAAAGCCUUCGAGAUUUCUCUAAAUGAUUUAAAAAGCAAGCUACCAAAAGAAUUUAUACUUAAUCUUGAGUAAACAUAUUAAGAAAGGAAAAAUUGGAAAACUGUCCGCCUAAUGGAUAUAUAAAAAGCAAAUCGAAGAAUCUAUAUGAAUAAUAGCAACAUUGAUGCUUACGAAGAAGCAAUAUAAAAUGUAGGUAAAGUACAUUCAUAAGCAACAUCCUCAGCCCAAAAUAACUUUAGAAACAAAUUUUUAGCAGUGUCUUAACCCGAUCCAAAUGGAGACUCAAUUUUUAAUAAAUAUACUCUCAGGAAUAGGCUAAAAUCCCAGUAAAAGAAUUUCAUAAAAACGAACAGAUAUCAAGAGGAUGAAGAGUCUGAAUAAUUAUCAAAUAGAAAUAGACACGAAAUUAAGAGUAAUAUGAAUAAUACAGAACUAAAAUAAGUGAGAUUUCAUAUUGAUGAAAAAUAGCUACGCAGUAAGUCACCUGCUAUUUUUAACAAGUAUUUGUUGAAUGAUUAAUCGUCAGAACAGAACAUUUAUAAUAUGCCAAAUAAAGGUAUUAUGAAAAAUCAGUUGGCUUUUCCAUUGACUAGAGAAGUAAAAAGUGCUUUAAAUAGCCCGAGAAUAUAUCAUAAAGUUAAUAGUCAUUUAAAUAGUAAUAAUUAAUCGUUGAAUUAAACUCCUGAAAAACUAGUGUCAGAUUAUUAAGAUCAAAAUAUGAUUAAGGUGAGUGAGCUAAUUGAUUAAAGCAACAUUGAUGCUAACACUUCAUCCGCUGUGUUUUAAAAUAAAUAUUUGCAGCCAAGUACAUUUCUAAACAGGAGAAAGUAUUCUUAAGACGAUGGGAAUAACAGUAAACGACCUUGGACAUAGCUGAAUACUUAGAGUAGACUAAGUAGUAUUUCAAAUUUUAGCAAGUACUAAUUAGAGCACAGAUAAGGUUUUAAAGAAGCUAUAACAAAAGAAUAGGAAACGUAGAGUAUAGCUGAGUUAUCAAAACCACACAUAAAUACACUCUACAGAUAAGAAGAUCAUACCAAAGUUUUCAUGGAAAAUGCCUUUACUAUUAAAAAUAAAGGUAGACUUGCUAAAAGGUAUUAUCUACCAACAUAUAAGCUUAAAGAGCAGUUUAAGAUAGAUAGCAGCAACACAACGAGUAUGAACACUCAAGGAGCAAACAGAAAAUCUCAAGAAAUAAUUGAAACAACCUUCAAUCAGAUAAUGGACUUCCGAUCAAGUGCUAAUAACAUUUAUAAUAGUAAAUAUACAACUUAUUAGGAUAAUGAAAAAUCCAUCAAUAGCUCCAGAGUAAAUAUUAGCUUCAUGCUAUCUGGCAGACGGAUAUCAAUAUAAAAAGGAUUAAAAUCUAAUAAAUCUAAUAAUAAUAAGGUAAAAUCUGUUGGUACAGGACAAACUAUUUAAUAAUAAAGCUGA